AUGGACGCCCUGCGAUUGGCAAACUCAGCUUUUGCUGUUGAUCUCUUCAAACAGCUGUGUGAAAAGGAGCCCGAGGGCAACAUUCUGUUCUCUCCAAUCUGCCUUUCCAGCCUGUCGCUUGCUCAAGUGGGAGCCAAAGGUGACACAGCAAGUGAGAUUGGACAGGUCCUUCAUUUUGAAAAUGUCAAAGAUGUGCCUUUUGGAUUUCAAACAGUCACCUCAGACAUAAAUAAACUUAGCUCCUUUUACUCUUUGAAACUAAUCAAGCGACUCUACGUUGACAAAUCUCUGAACCCUUCUACAGAGUUUAUUAGCUCUACAAAAAGACCAUAUGCAAAAGAAUUGGAAACUGUUGACUUCAAAGAUAAACUGGAUGAAACAAGGAGUCAGAUCAACAACUCCAUUAAGGAUCUCACAGAUGGUCAGUUUGAAAACAUUUUAUCUGACAACAGUGUAAAUGACCAGACUAAGAUCCUUGUGGUCAAUGCCGCCUACUUUAUUGGAAAGUGGAUGAAGAAAUUCCCUGAAUCAGAAACAAAAGAAUGCCCCUUCAGAGUCAAUAAGACAGACACCAAACCAGUGCAAAUGAUGAAUGUGGAGGCCAUGUUCUGUACGGGCAACAUGGAUGAUAUCAACUCUAAGAUCAUCGAGCUUCCUUUCCAGAAUAAGCAUCUCAGCAUGCUUAUCCUGCUGCCCAAGGACGUGGAGGAUGAGUCCACAGGCCUGGAGAAGAUUGAAAAGCAACUCAACUCAGAGACGCUAUUGCAGUGGACCAAUCCCAGCACCAUGGCCAAUGCCAAAGUCAAACUUUCUCUUCCAAAGUUUAAGGUGGAAAAGUUGAUUGAUCCCAAGGCUAGUUUGGAAAACCUAGGGCUGAAAAAUACUUUUAAUGAAAAUACAUCUGAUUUCUCUGGAAUGUCAGAGACCAAGGGAGUGGCUCUAUCAAAUGUAAUUCACAGAGUGUGCCUAGAAAUAACUGAGGAUGGUGGGGAGUCCAUAGAGGUACCAGGAUCUCGGAUCCUGCAACACAAGGAUGAGUUCAAUGCUGACCACCCUUUUAUUUAUAUCAUCAGGCACAACAAAACUCGGAACAUCAUCUUCUUUGGCAAAUUCUGUUCUCCUUAA